UAUAAAGCGUACUGUAAAAUUGCUGAAACAAUUUGUUCAAAAUGUUUGCAGCACUGGUGUUUUCGAUCGUCCUGAAACUAAGCCUUACGCUAGCGUAUCGACCAGUUUUCAUUUACCAUGGCAUUCUCACCGGUGCAGAUAGUAUGGAGCACCUGGUCGACAGGAUUGAAGAGAUUCAUCCCGGAACGGUGGUGUACAACUUUGAACGCUUCGGAGGAUGGUCGAGCCUAGAAAAUGCCUGGCAUCAGGUGCUAGAAGCACACGGCUAUUUGCGAGCGGUUUGUGAGGAACAUCCUGAUGGAAUAAACAUGAUCGGUUACUCGCAGGGUGGACUGCUCGGUCGGGCAGUCCUUCAAACCUAUCCUGGGCACUGCGUGAAAACGUUCAUCUCAUUAAGUUCUCCACAGGCGGGCCAAUUCGGCGAUGACUUUUUGCAUCUUAUCUUCCCCUCGUUGGUGGCCCGAACGGCAUACCAACUAUUCUACACGUACGUCGGGCAACACACGUCCGUCGGUAACUACUGGAACGAUCCGCACCACCAGGACCUGUUCGAGGAGUACAGCAUAUUCCUACCGUACGUGAACAACCACAUAUUCUCGACCAAUUCCACGCAAUUCCGUGACACCAUGAUGCGCCUGGAUCGGUUGGUGCUGAUCGGUGGUCCGGACGAUGGCGUAAUAACGCCGUGGGAAUCGAGCCACUUCAGCUUCUACAACGAAUCGUACGCUGUGAUACCGCUGCAGGAGAGCACCAUCUACACGGAGGAUCUGAUCGGUCUGAAGACCCUGGGCGAGAGCGGCCGGUUGCACGUGAUUGCGAAGGAAAACGUGCACCAUUAUCAGUGGCAUCGCUCGAACAGUGUUAUCGAUGGCGUUAUUAUGCCAUAUCUCGACUGAUGCAACCAAACGGUUUUGCUAAUGCAACCCCAAGUUACCCAACGGACGGGACGGAUUUAGCAUACGUAAUGGGUUUUUUAUAAUAUUUCUAGGUAGCAUUUAGAUGGGUUAAAGCUUUAAAA